CCCGUACGUUGUCAGUCAGCUCCCAGUAGCUACAUGGGAAACAAACUGUCUGUAGAGCAUCGAGAGACUACGAAGCAAUCAAGUAAACGUCUACGGGAUGAAGAACUGGAAGACUCGACCGAGGAGCUUAUUUCCUCGCCACAGAGGAAGAAAAUGAAGACAACAUCAGCAUACAUAUUUGAUACAUUGUUUGUAAAUGGGGCAAAUUCUGACAUCAUUAUUGUGGCUUUAGGUGAAGAAUGGUUUUUGCACAAGAUUUAUUUACGCCAGUCACCAUACUUUGCUGGGAUGUUUAGUGGAAACUGGAAAGAGUCUGCAGAAUCGAAAGUAGCCAUUGACAUACUUGAUCCCAACAUUGAUGCCAAUGCUUUGAGAGUCGCAUUUGGAUCGAUGUAUAAGGAUGAUAUUGAGCUGUCUGUCACGUCUGUUAUAUCUAUUACUGCAGCAGCUUCAUUGUUUCAAAUGGAUGGGCUGCUUCAGGGGUGUGUGGAGUUCAUGAGCGAAAACAUCAUUGCUAAGACUGUUUGCAGUUUUUACAAAGCUGGUCAGAUGUAUUGUCUCAAGACUGUAGAAGCCAAAUGUUUUGAGUGGCUAGAGCAUUGCUUGUUGACAUCUCAAAGUGUCACCUUGCUACAGGAAUUAAGUAUUGAUUUGAUGUUGGCACUUGUCAAGUCUCCGCAGUUGUUUGUUAUGCAGGUUGAAAUGGACUUGUACAGUCUGUUGAAGCAGUGGUUGUACAUACAACUCAAUCCCGAUUCUAGUUGCGCAUCGAUAACAAAGCUUCAGGCAGAAUGCGAUCAAUAUUUUAGUCAAAGAGCUGAGAGUGAAGCAAUGUUAGAAACUGAGGCUGGAAAGCCAUAUCAGAGUGUAUUUGAAGCUGUCAGGUUACAGCAUGUGAUUAAUGAUAUAGCUUCGGCUCAAAUAUUGGACACGGACAGAAUAAUUCCUGAAAGUUGGCUGUCUUCUUUGUACAAACAGCAAUGGAGAAAAAUGUUGUCUAUGGACCAACGAAUGGAUCUUGAUCCAUCAGGGAUGACGGAUCAAGCAUUCGAUGAAAGUUGUGUUCGUUGUGGUCGUGUGUUGCAUCAGGAUGGAGAGUAUUGUUGGCGAUGGACAGGUUUUUCAUUUGGGUUUGAUUUUCUAAUCAUAUUCUCCAGUGGUCUCAUCUUUGUAAAGAGAAACACGCGAACUCAGCCGUGUUCAGCAGCAGUUAGUUUGUUGCCCAAGCGUACAGUUAUUGUAAGAACAACUGCUGCUUCGUCUGACAGCAAAGGCAGUUUAAUAUACAAAAAGACAACAGGCAAGAAGGAAAUGAGGUUGGGUCCAGAUGAACAAUCACUGAUAUUGUCGCUUGAUCCACCUGUGAGGUUCCCUUUGUACAUUUCUGUAAACAUGGCAAUGGUUAGAGUAUAACUAAUGUUCAUUGCAAACUAUUAAUUGAACGCAACAAGUUGUACAGUUGUAUGUCAAUUAACAAAACUGUACUGUACUUAACGAUUUAAAUAAAGAA